CCAGUUUCCCAUUUUCAACUCUCACACACAUUCUCUCUCUUUCUUAUAUUUUGACAGCUAGAGAGUUGAGCUUCAUCCAAGCACUCAACUUUAAAAAACUUGACAAAUCCUAUGUUGGUUUUUUUGUUGAAUUUUAUAAAUAGGUGCUUCUUUUAAAUGUCUGUUAAGUUUUUAGUCCAAAGAUACAUAAUCUCUUUUAUACUGAAAAGUUACUUUAGGAACCCAAAAAUCGGUUAUAUAUUUCUCUUAGCUUUCAAAAAAAAUGGAUCAGAAAAUGUUUGUUUCCAAGUAUGAAAGACCAUACUAUUACACUCACUCGUCGCCACCGCCACCACCACCUUUGGCUAUUAUCAACCACCAAUCACAUGGGUUCAAUCUAAAUGAGAAGGUGAGUCCAAGUGUUCUACUCAUCAUCAUAAUUCUAGCUAUAAUUGUCUUCAUUUCUGGGCUGCUUCAUCUUCUUGUUAGAUUUUUUAUGAAACCAAUUAGCUAUAGGGAUCCAGAUGAGUUUGAUAAUAAUGUGACUGCACUUCAAGGUCAAUUACAACAACUGUUUCAUCUCCAUGAUUCUGGUGUUGACCAGUCUUACAUUGACACAUUGCCUGUUUUUAGUUACAAGUCAAUUAUAGGUGUUAAAGAUCCUUUUGAUUGUGCUGUGUGCCUUUGUGAGUUUGAAUGUGAAGAUAAACUUAGAUUAUUGCCAAAAUGUAGUCAUGCUUUUCAUAUGGAUUGUAUUGAUACUUGGCUUUUGUCUCACUCUACUUGUCCUUUAUGUAGAGGUAGUUUGCUUUGUGAUUUUAGUCCAAAUUCUUGUUGUUCACCUAUUGUGUUUGUUCUUGAAUCUGGAAGUAGUGAGGUUUCUAGAGAGAUAGUUAAUAGUUCUGAUCAACAAAAUAGUUCUUCAAUCAGAAGAGUGAGUUCUCAUUUGAGUAAUCAAGAAUUUGAGUUUGAUAAGGUGGAAAUGGUGAAAGAAGAUGAAAAUAAGGAGAAAGUUGUUACUAUUAAGCUUGGGAAGUUUAAAAAUGUGGAUACUUGUGGUGUUGGUGAGGGUAGUAGUGAGAAACAAACAAUUGAUGAUGCUAGAAGGUGUUUCUCAAUGGGGUCUUUUGAAUAUGUUGUGAAUGAGAGUUCAUCUUUACAAGUACCAAUUAGUACCAAAGUCAAGAAACAAGCUAGUAAGAAAUCUUCUCUUCCAAUCACCCCAUGCCAUCGGCCAGCAAUGUCCGAAUGCGGGGGUGAUUCAAUGAGAGAUUUUAAGCGAAUUAAAGUACUUGAUGGUGAGGAUGGUAGUAGUUCAAUUGGCAAGAGCAAGAGGGAGAGUUUUUCGGUGUCCAAAAUUUGGUUAAGAGGGAAGAAAGAAAAGGCCUUUUCAACCGUGGCUGCUGCCAUUGGGCCGUCCUCAAGAGGGUCUUUCUCAUUCCGUUUUCCAACACACCGUAAUGGAACAAACCUAAAUAGGAGGGCUAAUUCUGAAUUGGAUAUUGGGAGGUGGGAGGACAAUCAAGAAAUUCAAAUAUGUCAAUGGAUGGAUUCACCAUCACUAGAAGCAUCAAAUCCACCAUCUUUUGCAAGGAGGACACUAUUUUGGCUUAUGGGCAAGCAACAAUUAAAGGUGGUUCAACCAUCUUCCUCAACAAAUGUAUAAAUUUUUUUACCCUCUAGAUAUAUAUACCUUUGUUUCUUAGAUA